AACUUCAGACCAAAAUAACGAAUCAUAUAAUUAGAAAAAUGUAGGCAGUUUUAAAGAGAAAAAAACCUGGAUGCUGCAUAACGCCUCCUUGUUUUCUUUCUGUUGUCUUACAGCGUUUACUGAUGUAUGGAUGGAAUAAAGCGGGCAUACUGCCACCUGCUGUACGAGUGUAAAACUUCACUUUAUCGUCACCCUGUCUUCCUUCCAGGCUGAUUUCACUCACGGAAAGUAACUUCCAGACUUUCCUCACACCUUCUGGUUCUGUGUUAAGGAUGAACAAAAUCUAAAAAAGAAGACAAAGGACCAGAAUCUCAUCAGGUUUCAGAAAGGAGUCAUUAAAUCCAUGUCAAGAUGAAACGCAGAAGAAAAAGUUCAGUUUUCAAUGAAAGAACUUCAUCAGAUUCAGUGAAGAAAGAUGAAGAAACAUCUGAACACGAAGACGAACUGGAAGAUCCAACACUUAACUUUCAAUCUACUGACAUUUUCAGUCCCAUGGAAAGAAGGAGGGAUGAAUCCUCAGACCUGGGCGAACCGUCUUCUGAUCAGAUAUCUCAUCAAUUUGAGGCAGCAGAGGGAUUAUCUGAUGUGUUAGACCAAGAAACUGAGAUUCAUCCAGUUGCAUUUCAAUUCUUAGAAAGUGAAACUGAGGAAAUAACAGAAACCAGUGAGGGAACACCAAGACAGCCUGAUACCGAGUCAGUCGGGUCGGUUCUUUCAAUACAUGGAGAAGGAGACAGUAGUUUAUAUUCUUUCCAUCCCUUUGAAUCUGGGACGGAUUUCUCAUCUUCUCUUCUCCAUCAGCUCCCAUCUUCUCCGAUUUACCCUUCGAGUUUCCUUCUACCUGACCCUUUAUUGGGCGGCCUCAAAUGUGAGCCCACAGUUACUUCUUCUGCUGAAGAAGUAACUCUCCUCCUCCCCACCAGGGAGGAGGAGACGCGUUUUCAUGAUCUUCAUCCAUUAAGUAAAGAACAUGAAGCAGAUGCUGAACAAACCCUCCAAGGUGAAGAACAACCCACCCCGCUUCAUAUCCCUCCAACGUCUUCGAAGCGACUCGACUUCUCUCUUUCUCAUCAAGAUGAAUCACAUAGUCAGUAUGUGGGACCUUCCAGGACAGUUAGGAGGAUCCCUGCUGUUUUAAAAAUUCCCAGUUUACUCAGCAACGUUCCACUGAGUGGGAACGUUUCCACAGUAAGGCCUCCAGAACUUCCUGAUGUAAUACAACCAAUGGGUGAACAAUACGGCAGACAAAAUUCAGCAGGAAACAACCAAGAUGAAAUAAUGAAAUCGGUUGGACAUGUGAGUCACUCCGUCCCAAACAGAUCAGCCUCUACUGACCUUCCCCAGAUUUCAAAGCGCAGGAAACGAACUAUGAUCAGGAAGAGACUCAUAUCUAGCUCUCAAUCAGACUCUGAAACAGAAAUGGAAGAAAGGCAUCAGGAGCAUCAAAAUAAAUCUUUACAUCAAGGAGAAGAAUCCUCUUUCACAAACGUCCAAAGUUCAGAUUUGCCUCACCGAGCCCCACGCUUAUUUAGUUCAUGUUCGCAACUACCGCUAGUUGUUUCUACAAGUUAUUUAUCAACUAGUAGAAAACUACCUAUAGCAUCUUGUAUCAAAUUGGAAAUUGGGAGCAAAAAGUUGAAGCAGACAGAAAAUCCUGCAGCUGAUGAGGAUCAACUGGAAAGACCUGAAGAUCUUGACCAACUCAUAUCACCCAACAUUUUAACACCUUUUCCUCUCCAACAGCCUCUCACCACAGAUUCCUCUAAAGAGGAACCAAUCAGCUGCUCAAUGGAUCACAUUGUUCCUCUUUCCUCUGAUCCGACUCAGAGCCACUCCGUCCCAAACAGAUCAGCCUCUACUGACCUUCUCCUCCCUUCAGGACCUGGUUUGAGAAAAGGAGACCUCAGUAACUCGUCUUCUUCUCUCCUCUGUCCUCUGAUUCAUCAGGAUCCUCCUUUAGACGUCAGUAUCUUACCCCGAGCUGCUAGUUUACCCAACAUGAAGCUCCAAAGCAGCUUUGAGGAGUUUACUCCUGGUUUCUGUGGAGAUGCAGAUGAUGAAACCUACUGGUUCCAGUGCUCCAGUCCAGGCCUGUACCAGUGCAGAGUGAGCGGCCUGGUGUUUGACAUGAAGGGAGGAGGAGACGUGUUUUACAGGGUUGUUCCCUGGAACAGGAGAUUACUGAGCCAACAUGGCAAGAAGCCUGCAGGACCUCUGUUUGACAUCAGCUGCCAGCAGCAGUCUGUGGCUCAGCUUCAUCUCCCUCACUGUGAGGUCCGCUCCACAGGACGAUGUCACUUCCUGUCAGUCGCUCAUCUACGUGACGAAAGCGUCGAGUUCAUCAGGCCUGAGAGGAUCACAGAAACUCACAUCAUCAUCAGCAUCACAGGGUUUUCUGCUUUUGGGAACGUCAAGGAUGAAGAUUCUCCUCCUGACCCGGUCCGAGCCUUGGUUCUGCUGUUCUACAAACCUCCAGAUGAUCCCGGCGUCACUUCCUUCCUCAAUCUGCUGCUUCUUCCAGGGAACGUUGUGAUCCGGGAUUUGAAACGGACCAGGAAGAAAUUAUUUGGGCCGGAGACGUUCAUAGAUGCUCCUCCAAACUGCAAACUGUGUGUGAAGGAAACUUACUCUCUGUCCACCAGCCCUGCAGGAGAAUCGGUUCUGGUUCAGCCCGCAGAAGCAGAAUUUGACCCAGAAUCCUACAACAACUACUUCACCUCCAUCCAGGUGAUUCUAAACAGCAUCAUGGGAGACAUGAAGCUGAGUGUGAAGCAGACGAAAACCUCAUGCUGCGUUUGGGAGAGACGGGUUUGUCUUGUGGCUCACAGAGUGAAACCGGGUCUGCCUUCUGACCAGCAGCUGAAGGAAACCCGGACCAGAAUCAUCGAUGGCAUUUCAGAACCGGUUCUGCAGAGUCUGCUGGACAAACUGCUGGAGAAAAAGGUCCUGAGUGACUCUGAGAGGGAGGCGGUGGAGGCGGAGAAGAUCAGAGGAGACAAAGCUCGAGUUUUAGUCGACACGGUGAGGAGGAAAGGAGCCGCCGCCAGUUCUGAGAUGAUCCGCUUCCUCUGUGAGCUCGACCCGUUUCUCUGUAAACAUGUGGGGCUGAUCUGUGAGGAACUGGAACCAAACCAGUGAGUCAGAAACUGAAGGGAAACAUUUGGAGUCAUAAACCCAAAGACAUGUUAGAAACCAAGUUGAACUGAUUAUUGUAAACAUCCAAUCAUUGAUUAUGGACAAAACUUUGAUCUUGGACUCUUAUUGUGAAAUUGUGUGAACUGGUUUGGGUUUGUUGACGUUUCUGUGCUGGAAUAUUUGAUGUUUUUAUUGUUUGUAACAGUCAGUUGUUGGAUAAUUAAAUCUUUUUAACUCGUUUACUUUAUUUAUGUAACAUCAAUUUACAACAAAUGAAGAAAAAUAUCAAAGUCGUUUAAACAGAGUUCAAAAGGUUAGAACUGUCAUCUCAGCUGCUAAUGCUAGUGCUAAGGAUAUGCUAAUGCUAAGGCAGUAGCUUUAGCAUUCUGGUUGCUCAUACAAAUAUUAAUAUCUGUAUUAAUGGUAUUAAAAGGAUCGAUAAAUAAUUUUGCUUCCUCUAAUCCCAGUUGUGACACAAUCAGUCUUUUCAUUUAAGCGGCCAUUUUGGUAGUCAGUCAGUCAGUGGAGGUUUGGUAACAUAAUAUUAAGAAUUAAUUAUCCAAACUAAUCCAAGCAAAUUAUCUUUAAAAUUAAUUUUAUUAUAUUAGUUUGAUUUUAACUUCAGUUUUUAAUUGUAAACUGGUUGUUGUUCUUAAUUAGCAUUGAAGCUAAUUUAGCCUCAAAACAAAAAUAUAUUUAUAAACUGAACAAAUAUCACUGAAUUAUUUUACAAUUUUUAUUCUCAUUUGUUACUUUUAUUCUUUUAUCUUUUCAUUUUAGUCGUUUAGUUGAAUGUUUCCAGCCUGGUUUUAUCUUUUGUUGACUGAAGUAUUUUCACUGAAAGUUUCAAUAUUUUGUUGAUAAAUGUUUAUAGUUUAGAGAAAAGUUUCCUGUGUUUAUUCUGUUUAUAUUCAGGGUUUGAUGUUUGAGAAAUGUGUUACUUCAUCCUUUCAUAUUCACUCAUUCAUCCUCAGAGUGUGAUGUAUUCUCUUCACCACACCGGAAACGUGAUUUAUUACAGUUCAGAAAUAAACGGCUCUUGUCUCUCUGUCAUUUAUUCUGUCAUUUAUUCUGUCAUUUAUUCUGUCAGAUGAUUUUUUUUUAAACUUUCCUUCGGUUUUUUAUUUUGGUGAUUUUUUUUUUCAACAUUUCCAUUUUUUGGAUCCAGCUGGAAAAAUCAACAUUUUUAACCAUUUACAGUUUGAAAACUUUUUUUCCUGUUUUAGUUUCUUGUUUCCAGUCAGCAGCUCUGGUGAAGGAAUUUAUUAUAGAAACAUAAAUUACAGAGAGAUUUUAUUAAUGUUUCCUUCAACUGAUUAUUUAUACAAUAUUAUCAUUUUAUUUUACUUAGGGGUCAGGAAAAUGUAUUUCUGUUUAAUAUUUAUGUAUUUUAUGGACUGAAACAUUUUUAUGUUUGUGUGAUUCUGUAACUUAUAAAUUUAAUAUCCAGGAUGUUGAACAUUUGAGCAAAUCUAUUUGCUGUAUGUCUGUAGAUCUAUUAAACUUUAUUUAAAUAGAAACAAAUGUCACAUUUGAUGGUGACUAUAGAACAAUCUUUGAUCAUCUUUGGUCUGUCAAUCAUUUUCUCACUGAUGCAGAUUAAAAUAGAUCA